AUGCAUUUUAUGGCAGGCCUUGCACAUAGCCGGAGUCUGGGGUCCCUGGGCCUCCACAGCACCCCUCAAGCUCUGUACAUGGUCCUCUUAAUAGUGCUGGUCAUGAUGAGCUUGGUGUUUGGUAAACUUGAUCCUGUCCGUGAAGAGCCCUUUUAUCCAAUUGAGUUCCCCCAAUACCUGCGCUGCUAUCGGUGCCUGUUGGAGACCAAGGAACUGGGGUGCCUUUUGGGAUCUGACAUCUGCCUGACCUCUGCUGGCAGCAGCUGUAUAACUCUCUUCAUUAAGAACAGUAGUGGCUCUGACAUCAUGGUAAGUGACUGUCGCCACAAGGAGCAGAUGAGUGACUGCACACAUACCCGUACUUCUCCAGUGUUUGGCUUCUGGGUGUUCUCUCGAUGCUGUUUCCGGAAUUUCUGCAACAAACCACAGAAGAGAACAUCCUUCAUUUCAUAG